AUGAAUGCAAUUAUUGGUAAUAAGGUGCCUAAAGUUCAAAGCUAUGUACAAAGAACUUCAUACAAAACAUCUGAAAAACUUACUAUAAUUCAUGAAGCAAAAAAAAUUGAAAAGCUUAAAAAUGCUAAUUCAAGUAAUAAACAUGUUGGUGCUAAAAGAGCUUCAUUUUAUCUAGAGGCUAAAGAAGAACUUGUCAAGUGGUUAAAUGAAUUUUGUUUAGCUAGAAUAGCUGUAACUGCAGAUUUUAUUAAAGUUCAGAUGUUUAAUAUUCUUUUAACAAUUUGUGCAACCAAAUAUCCAAAUGCAACUAAACAAUUUCAUGCUUCUAAAUCUUGA